AUGCAUUUCUUCACCCCACUUGCUAUUCUUCUCUCGACCAUGACAGUUGUGCUUGCCGACAAUGAUCAGGAAAUCAAGUUCACAACACCCGAGACACAACAAGUACUCAAUAUCUCAGCACCCGUCCUCUUCGAAUGGACUCUCCCUGAGUCUGGCACAUAUCGAGCUUUCGAUCGCAUGAACUUGACCCUCACCGUGGAUGUUACAAACGAAGGAGAGCCUAUGAGCUUGAUGAGCCUGAUUGCCAUCGACAUCGAUCUCCGGAGUCUGAGCUACGAAUGGCACCCGAGCAACUUCACAAAGGACUUGGACGAAAUUUCUGCCACUCUGUUAUCUGGAAACCACAAUCAAGUACUGGCCGAGAUUGGGGGCGACCCGAACGACGAAAGCGUUGGCUUCGUGGCACAUGCUAUCGAAGAGGUAGGCUUGGAGGGAUACCAUACCAUGGCGCCUGCUGAGUCGGGGGCCAGUGUCGUGGGCCGGUCGAUGUGGGCUUUCAGCGCUCUGCCUGUGAUCGUGGCCGUGGCGCACGGCAUGGUGUGA